AUGAACAGCAGGAGUCCCCACUUUCAGUAUGAUGAAACUGACAGACAGACAAAAAAUAGUCCUUCUCCUCCUCUGGAAUCAACCAGUUCUAAGACUGACACUAAGAAGAAAAACAAACAAAGCAAGAUGAGGGAUGAUCAGGAUAUGGCUAGGGAAGAAUGGGGAGCUACAAGGAGCACCCGGGAUAGAAGUCCUGACACUGACAAGAAUAGUGACUCUUAUUAUUCUGAUGACUAUGACAACACAACCUACGGAUCUGAAGGAUCCCCAACACCUAGCUCAAAGUGUAUAUCUCCUCGUGCCAAGAAAACAGACUAUAAAGUAAGAUCUGUUACACCGGUACAUAAUCGUGGAAUUAGGAAAAUAAACUCCAAGUUUCCAUCGAGUAAACGGGGACCUAGAUGGGGAUUUCGUUCCCAGAGUUUAAGCAAGGAGUCUUCUGCAAAGGACAUUGAUAUGGUUACCAAAAGAGUUCUCUCUGCUCGACUUUUGAAAAUAAAUGAACUAAGAAAUGAGGUUGUAGAGCUUCAAAUGAAACUAGAAGAAUAUCAAAAAGAAAAUAAGACUUUAAAAAGGCUACAGUUCAGGCAAGAAAAAAGCCUUGAAUAAGUUUGAAGAUACAGAAAAUGAGAUCUCACAGCUUUUAUCACGACAUAAUAACGAGGUUAGAAUCUUGAGGGAGCGCCUGCGCAAAUCCCAGGAAAGGGAAAGGAAUAUUGAGAAGAAACUGAAGGAAACGGAGGAUGAGCUAUACAGGACAAAUGGUGCCCUAAAGAAGUUAAAGCAGCUUUCAGAAAAUAGGCAUCUUGCAGAACGGGAUGAGCUUACUAGAAAAGUAGAAAUUCUAGAAAGCAGAUUGGAUGAACGAGAAAGGCGAGUAAAGGAUCUAGAGAAGAAUAUUGAACUGACUCAAAGCAGCUUCCAGAGACAGUUGCUGGCUGAGAAAAAGAGAGCCCAUGAUGCACAAGAAGAAAACAAAUUAUUACGGGAAGAGCUCCAGCGCUUGAUUCAAAAGUUGAAGGAGAAAGAAAGGGAACUUGAUGCAAAAAAUAUAUAUGCUUAUCGUCUUUCCAAGCCUUCACCAAAAAAGGAGACAGAAAUAACUCCUAGGAAGAAAGGAUUAAACCUUUGCAUCAGCGUGGGUGUCCAAACAACUGAAUCCUUGUCUAUGCCAGACUCCAAUUUUCCAGAACCUCCACCCCCUAUAUUCAUGGAUGAAACAAUGGAAAACCAGCAACAGAUUCCAGAAAUGGAACAAGAUAGUCUUGCAAAGCAGAUUAAAGAGGAAGCAGAAAAGCUAAAAAAAGAAAAAGAACAAGCAGAAAGAAGACGUGAUCUAGAAGAAAAGCUCAACAGAGAUAAAGAACAAAAGAUUUUGGAGGACAAAGCAAGAAAGCUGCGUGAUGAAUGGGAAAAAGAAGAGAUGGAAAGAAAAAGAAGAGAAGAGCAAGAUAAACUUCUACAGAAAGAAACUAUAAACAAGUCUGAAGAAGACAGACUUAGAAAGGAACUUUUGCUUGCAAAAAUGUUUGAAAUUGACAGGGAGAACCAGGACCCAUUUUACUCAGAUUCCACUAAACAUAAUUCUAUGAUGACUGUUGGGGAUGCAGCAGGUAAAACUGACAUGGCAGACACAAAACAAAAAACAUACAAGUUCACUGAGCCAACUGAGAAAUUGUUUAAUGGACUUCCAGUUCAAGGAGGGCAAGAGAAAGAUGCCCCAAGUCAUAGAAAUGAAAUCCCGGUUGUCAACACUGGCGAUAUUACAUUUGGGAGCUAUACCCCAUCUUUUGGGAAAGGAAGGUCGCCUGGUAACAGCCAAAAGAAAAAUGUGUCUGCAGAGCCUAUUGUAAGCACUACCAAGCUGGAUAUAAAGAAGGAAAAGAAAUCAAAUUUAAUGGAACAGCUUUUUGGCGGUAGCUCCACCACUGUACUUCCUUCCGUUUCAAAAGGCAGUGAUCAGACUGGUUUUUCAUCCAGCAGUGAUAGAGUUACUGACAGUGACACAAGUAACACUCUGACCUGGGAGCAAAACCACAAACUUAAAGGAAAAGGUGACAUGCCCUUCACCAACGAUGGCAAAACCCUGAGCUCAAUUAGACAUCGCACACAGCACCCACCUGGCAGGCCAAUAGUAAAAGCUAUUGAUUCCUUAGAGGAUGAAAUCGAAGAGGUAGCUUUAUAG